AUGGAUCGCCACGUCAGACUCGACAUCCAUGUUCCUCCUAUCCUCUCCUACUCGGAUCCUAAAGAUCCUCAACUCACUUUGACUUUUAACCUAAUCGACAGCGCCACCCCGGUGACGCUCGUUCGACUGGAUGCUGGGCUGGUCCCUAUUGUCAACUGUCUUACAAUCUCCGAAGCUGAUACCGGGAUCAUACCCCAAUUACCCACGGUCGACACUUAUCGCAAAGGGUCCCCGGGUACAACGAACCAAGAAGAUAUGGAUCGCUUGCUCACACUGCACCCUGACAUCCCGUACGUGAUGUCUCAGAGCUUUAGACCGCUUGGGCAUGAGAAAUUCACACCAGAGGAUACCGGCGCAAUGAGCGAAGAUAAAUACAGAUUUUGGAGGUUCGGAAUGCACUUGUUGAAAACAGGACAGCCGUAUCGCUUGAAUGUGAUCGAGGGCCUAGGUACAUAUGCGUGGAUGGAGGGGGAUAAAACCAAUUUGUUCGGCAAGCCUUGGGAGAACUCUCCAGUUAAGAUACCUAUUUUACCAGGGCAAGGAAUGGAAUUUCGGAUAGAGGACGUAAUCUAG